GCAGAAAUCGCAGCCUGUAACCUGUUUGUGUGACAGUGCACAAGGCAGCAGUGUGUGGUUGUCACACAAGUUCUCACUCCCUUGUUCAUUCAUUCAUCGUCGCCACAGCCCGAUCACCAUCCCCAGCAACCAUGAAGGUGUUCAGUAGGUUGGCAGUCGCUGGUGUGCUUCUGCUGCUGCUGGUUGUGGCGACAACCAGCGUGGCCAGCCCUGCGACCGGCAGCGGCCAGCGCCCAAGCGGCAGCUGCAGCCUGGACGCGUGCCACGUUGCUGAGGCACCGCCGUCUGCAACAAAGGACAAGACUGCAGAGCAUGGUGUCGGCAGCAACGCCAAGGAUGAGAAGAGCGCUGGGAUCGGUAACCCCGCAAACGCUGCAAACACCGCAACCACCGCCGACAGCGACUCAACGGCAGACUCAACGGCGAAAUCCUCCUCCUCCUCCUCCUCCUCCUCCUCCUCCUCCUCUUCGUCGUCGUCGCCGCUCAGAUCGCUGGAGAAGAUGGGCAAGGAUCUGCUGCACACGUCGCUCUUCUACCCGAUUGUGGCGCUGCUCACCUCGGUGCCCCUGGCCAUUAUCGGCUUUGUCACGCGACACGUGUACCGGCGCGUUGACGAGUCCAUGUUCACCCACGUCACCAUCCCGGAAGGCACCCGGUCCAUGGAGUGGUUCGCCUACUGGCUCGAGCGCCAGCCCAUCAUCCUGGAGAACGACAAGGACGUGGAGGUGAUCGAAAAGGCGGAUGGCGGGCGAGACAACGACCGGUUCAAGACAGUGACGUUCCGUCCCAGUGCUGGCGCCACCAGGAAGGUCCCAUAUGUCGACGCCAGCGGCACAACCCACGUCCUCUUCGUCAAGCGGGUUGUGGAGGAGCGCAAUUCCAACCGAAACUCCCGCGACAAGGAGAAGUAUGAGAUCACGGUGCUGAAUCCCUCGUGGCGGCUGUGGUCGCCCGGAUCACACGCGCGCGAGCAGCAGGCGGUGAUGGACGACAAGCACGCAAAGGCAAUCAUCGCAGAGCUGCUCUACAGGGCAAGGGAUGAGUUUUGCCAGAACCAGCAGAAGUGCACGUCCAUCUACUACAACACCUAUUCUUGGGAGAAAUUCUCAGACCGCAUGAAGCGGCCCCUGGAGAGCGUGCACCACCCGCAUGAGGUGGUGGAGGACAUUGUUGGCGACAUGGACUGGUGGCUCAACGCCGCACAGUGGUACCAGUCAAAGGGGCUGCCCCAUCGCCGCGGGUACCUGCUGUACGGUAAACCGGGAUCAGGCAAGAGCAGCCUCAUCUUCGCCCUCGCUGGCAAAUUCAACCUGCCCGUGUGCACGGUGAACCUGCAGGACGAGGACAUGGACGAUUCGCACCUCAUCUACAUGCUCAACUCCGCGCCAUCGCCCUCCAUCCUCCUGUUUGAGGAAAUCGACACCGCAUUCGGGCCACUCAAGCAGUCAAAGCGCAAACAGCAGCAGCAGCAGACUGGUGAUGAUGGUGAUGGGAAGAAGGGUGGUGAUGAUGAUGAUGGCGAUGAUGGCGAUGAUGAGGAGGAGGAGGAGGAGGAUGGUGUGGAUAUGACGAAGAAGAAGAAGAAGGACAAGAAGGGGGAUGACAAGAAGAGUCAGGGUGAUGAUGAGAGCAGUGACGAUGAUGACGAUGAGGAGGAGCAGGUGACAAAGGGUGGGACCAGCACUAGCAGUGGCGGAGAUGAUGAUGAGAACAAGCCCGUCUACCGCAAGCCUCUGCAGAAGGUGACGUUCAACGGGCUGCUGAAUGCUCUUGACGGCGUGGCGGCGCAGGAGGGCAGGAUCGUCUUCAUGACCACAAACCACAGGGAGCGCCUCGACCCGGCGUUGAUCCGGCCCGGCCGCAUUGACCGCGAGUUUGGCUUCUUCCAUGCCUGCAGGCAACAGAUUAUCGGCCUGUUUGCCCGCUUCUUCGAGGACGACCCCAAAUACGCGCGUGGUGGCAGCAGUAGUGGUGCUGGUGGUGAUGACGUUGAUCGUGAUUUGCUGCUGAAGGACGCCACCGCAUUCGCAGACAACUUCCCAGACAACGACACCUUCAGCGUGGCCCAGCUGCAAGGGUACCUGAUGACGUUUAUCCGCAAGAAGGACGCGCCCGACGCUGCGCUGGCGCACGUGCGGGAAUACUUCAACCUGCACCGGCUGGAGGAACGCGAGAAGGAGAGGGCAUUGAUGCAGAGGGAGGAGAAGGGGGAAGAGGAGGACGGGCAGGAGGGUGAUGAUGACAGCCAUACCAUGAACAAGGCGAACAGCGUGGGGAACGAUGAUGAUGCGCAGACCACCACUGCACCAUCUGGUGCUGGUGCUGAAGUGCGUGGUCGCAGCCGCAGCCGCCACCGCAGCCGCCACCGCAGCACAUCUCGCCACGACCGUCACGACCACCGCCAUCACCUCAACUACACGCCGCACGUGGUGGACAAGGAGAUUGAGCACCUGUGCCGCUUCGACAGCUGUCGGCAGUCUGAGCGCGAGGAGAGCUUGCAGGGACGCACAUCCUCCGUCCGCCCAUAUGUGCUCUCCGCCCUGCUCGCGUCAUCGUCGUCAUCAGCAGCAACAGCGACUUCGACAGGGGCGACACGGAUGCCGUCGACACGGGAGGAGCAGCGACGCGUGGAGAUGAUGGAGGGCGCAGCCAUGCCCGUCCGCAGAACAAACUCCGCAAUGCCGUGAUUGUUGCAUAUUGGUGGUGGUUGAUGGGGUGCAUGUUUGAUUUGACCUUAGAGAAAGGAAGGGAACGGUUUAUUGAUGGGGUGCUGGUGCGAACGGCAGCUACGUUGUGUUGGUAUGGAGCAAGUAAAACAAAGGAAUAACUGUC